CAGUACUCAGUAGUCAGUGUGUGCGCGAGAGUGCGGCGAUACUCACGCGCCGUAGAUCAUCUGUGACGUAGGGAAUGAACGUUUGACUCACUCCAUUGUGCACAAAAUGACAAAAGUGGACAAAGAAUCGUUGGCUGGUCCUGUGGACUCUAAACCUAUCAUUGUUGACAGGAGCCACAAGGUGAAUAUCGUCCCUACGCACCAUAAAACCCUCACCCAUUUGCCCAAACGACCCCCAGUGGACUUGGCUUUUACGGAUCUUACAUACAAUGUGCAGGAAGGAAGGAAAAGCAAUGUCAAGACGAUCCUCAAGUCGGUGUCAGGAAGACUGCGGUCGGGUGAGCUUACUGCAAUCAUGGGACCCUCUGGCGCGGGAAAAUCUACCUUGCUCAACAUUCUUACUGGCUACAAAACGUCUGGUAUGGAAGGCAGUAUAACAGUAAACGGCAUGGAACGCAACCUGUCUAGUUUCCGCAAGCUCUCCUGCUACAUUAUGCAGGAUAACCAAUUGCACGGUAACCUGACUGUCGAGGAGGCUAUGAAAGUGGCUACGUCGCUCAAACUGCCCAGCGCUACGUCAAGGGAAGACAAGGAGGAAGUGAUUCAAGAGAUCCUCGAAACACUUGGUCUAGCCGAUCACCUGAAAACCAUGACUUCGAACCUAUCUGGAGGACAAAAAAAGCGUCUUUCAAUCGCGUUGGAGCUGGUUAACAACCCACCGAUUAUGUUCUUCGACGAACCAACAUCUGGUCUCGACAGUUCUUCUUGCUUCCAAUGUAUUUCCUUGUUGAAGACAUUGGCGAGUGGUGGUAGAACCAUUAUUUGUACCAUUCACCAGCCAUCUGCGCGUUUGUUUGAGAUGUUUGACCACUUGUAUACGCUCGCUGAAGGCCAGUGUGUUUAUCAAGGCAGUACUGGAAGGCUAGUGGAAUGGCUGGGCAGCUUGAACCUGCAGUGUCCGUCAUACCACAACCCGGCGUCUUUCAUCAUAGAAGUAUCGUGUGGGGAGUAUGGCGAGAACACGAGCAAACUUGUCCGGGCUAUUGAAAAUGGAAAGAAUGAUAUCAGAAAUGGCAAACCAUUCCCAACUCAACCGAAUUACAAUAACCAGAAAGAUAUGGAGGACUCUGCGAAGAGCGCUAUAGGAUGGAACGUAAACGAUGCGUCCCAAAUAAGAGAUAAAUUCGCCGGGGACGUACCAAAUAGUGCGAAUGGGGCAAACGGGACGAAUGGUACAAGUAAUUUGCAGAACGGUUUAUUGCAGUUCGCCGCUAAUGAAAUUUCUAAGGGUAGUAAAGCCGAGCCACUGGUAGUACAAAUGGACACAGAGAAGCAAGACAAUGCGGAAGUGGCCCUUUUAGGCACUGAUGGAUCCCCGCGUAGAUAUGCCACAUCCGAAGCGAAACAAUUCUGGGUUGUGCUUACAAGGACUUUGCUCUUCAGUAGAAGAGAUUGGACACUUAUGUACCUGCGUCUCUUCGCUCACAUUUUGGUCGGCUUCCUGAUUGGUGCUCUCUACUACGAUAUUGGUAACGACGGGUCCAAGGUGCUCUCAAAUCUCGGUUUCCUGUUCUUCAAUAUGCUUUUCCUCAUGUACACUUCUAUGACCAUCACUAUAUUGAGUUUCCCCCUAGAGAUGCCUGUCCUAGUAAAAGAACACUUCAACCGAUGGUACUCGCUACGAUCUUAUUAUUUGGCUAUCACCGUUUCAGAUAUUCCCUUCCAGGCGAUAUUCUGUAUAAUCUAUGUGGUGAUUGUAUACCUGUUGACGUCACAACCGCUAGAGUGGUUCCGGUUUUCGAUGUUCCUCUCUUCGUGUCUCCUUAUAUCGUUUGUGGCGCAAAGUGUUGGACUUGUUGUGGGUGCCGCUAUGAAUGUGCAGAACGGAGUAUUUCUUGCGCCAGUGAUGUCGGUUCCAUUCCUAUUAUUCAGUGGUUUCUUCGUGUCGUUUAACGCGAUACCUGUUUACCUGCGAUGGAUCACAUAUGUGUCGUAUAUUCGAUACGGUUUCGAAGGAACUGCACUAGCAACGUAUUCCUUCAAUAGGACUAAUCUUGCGUGUCAUCAGGCCUACUGUCACUUUAAGAAACCAGAGAUAACACUAGAAGAGCUUGACAUGACCGACGCAGACUUCACACUCGACAUAGCAGCGUUGUGCCUCAUUUUCUUACUCCUUCGUAUUUCUGCUUUCCUCUUCCUUCGUUGGAAACUCCGCUCCACUAGAUAGGUUAAUUAGAUGUAGAAGUACACGGAAAUUUUGUCACUUUUGUGGACCCAUCUUCCGCUUGGUUUCAAUAAACUCGUCGUAGUUUUUAUCUAUGAAAAAAAAAAGAUAUAUUUUGUCUUAUUGGAUAUAAAGUGCUUUGAAUUUGAUGUAAAAUUAAUAAAAAUUACAAAAUUUUCGUGUACAGUUUUCACUGAAGUUAUAGUAAGUCGGUGAUAAUGUGAUAAUAUAAUUCCAAUGUGAUGUAAGAACAAUUAUUAUACGUAUUUUUUAAAUUAUGCAGCUAACAUUAUUGAGGUUUGAUUACCAAAUCUUUGCUGAAAAUACAUUUUCCUUUAAUUUUAUAUUUAAACUCAACUCGAUCGAGGUCAUAAGGCUGAAUUCAUCUGUAUCCCAAUCGUUUUAGUUGGUUCAAAUUGAAGAAAAAAAAAAACAAAAAAAAAUUAUUGCCACGUGUUUAGGGAGCGUCCAUUUGUAAAACGUUACGAUGCGGGGCGGGGAUUGAAUUACGCUUUGUUAAUAUCAUUUUCGACUUUCAAGUGGGUUCCACCACAUAAUUAGCUUACUAGUCUCACUAGGUGGGUACAGAAAAAUGUUACGGCGCGUUACAUGGGGGGGGGGGAAGGGUCAAUAAUCUCCAAAAAUUGCGUGACGUAAUACUUGAACGCUCCCUUACACCGAUUAUGGAAUAAUGAAACUAUUGCGACUGUCACGUUUUUCUUUGUUGCUUGGUCACUGGUUAAUAGUGCAUGGUCACGUCAGAGCUUUAUAAUUUUAAGAUAAGCUUUGAUGUAAAAUGUGAUAAUUCAAUGUGUUAGUUCGAAAUUAUUUUUUAUCGUUACGAAAUUUAGCCGGCUCUAGAACAAAAACCAAGAAACUCUAUUGGGACACAGUUGCUUAACCGACGGCAAAGUAAAUGAAAAGUUACUUUUAUGCUUUACAUGAUGAAGCCGCAGUGUGUGGCCUUAUGAAAAAAUAUAUAUAUUUUAUUAAUUAUGAAUAUAUAGUGACAUUUGAUGGUCACAAAAUUAAUAUGAAUAUCCUACUUGAAUUGAUUUAGUGGUGUUUACCCUUAUUAAUAUUUGGCGAUGAACAAGGAAAAAGAGUCAAGUAGAUUCAAAUCUUGCCUUUAACUUGCCAUCCUAUGGAGUUUUUGAGACUUGUAAUCACCCAAAAAUAUAAAUGGACUGUCAAAGCUUUGCAAGAGGUAAUAUGUCUCUACACAGCUGUGUGUAAGUUACCGUCGCAUUUUAAGGAAUUAUAAAUUGCUCAAUAUAAGAUUAGUUAUAUAAACGUUUGGAAAUAUUGUAUGCUUAUUCGGCCAUUACGAAAUUUAGUAAUAUAAGUAACUUAAUUAGGGAUCAUGGUUUAUAUUGUACUUAGUUAAGUAAAUGUUUAGAUAAUGGUCCAAUAUUGUUGGUUAUAUGUAAUUUUAUAUAUUUUUAAUAAAUGGUUUAAAUAAG